AUGGCACGCUCCAGAAAAAAGACCCAGCAGCUCGUUUUGCCCACUUACAAGUUGGAUUCCAACUUGGUGUUGCUCCCAGGAAUCAUCUACAAUGUUACCUUUCUGAGGUUCAAGGCUGCCGCCUUGAUGUACAGAUUCAAAGACCAAGUGUCGUCGGUGUCUGUGAUCAAGAACCUACUCGCCGAGUACGACUUUGACAAUCACGAGGCCCGCUCCGACGAUGACGACGAGCGCUUGAUUAACCCAACCGUCAUUUCGCCUCAAGCGGCCUCGGGUAUCGAGCACUUCUUCCAGGCCGAAACCAGCUUCAGAUCAGGCUCCUCAAUCUCUUCCAAGAACGACGACCCUACCGCCCCCCAGUCUAGCUUUGACUGGUUGACAUUGGCAAUCAAGCCCAAUUUGGGCAAAAUCAAGGACCCAAGCAACCCUGCCAUUGAUCCAAAAACUGCCAAUAAUGUCGACACGGUGGUUAGAGUGGUAGGAAUCACCGAUGACGUCACCAACAUCAAGUUGACCCUCCAGGGAAUAACCAGAGCAGUUAAGGUCAAGGACAUCAAGGCCAAUGAAUCCUUGUUUGAUAUCGAUUGGAACUCAGACGUGGAAGACUUGAAGUCGCAGUUCAGUACAUUGCGCAAAAACAGCUACAAUUUAUUUAAAGCCAUUGAUGAUUUCAUCGUGGACUAUCGUCAAGCCUUGAGUCUGAACAGCUCCAACACUGCCAAUAACAAAAAGGGUUCUGCCCCUAAAUUAGGGAAAAAGGAAGGCGGAGAUUUGCUCACAUUAAAUCCGUUAGCAAAUGCCCUCUAUUUACAAUUGGUGGGUUCAAAGGACUUCACUAAAGCAUUCAUUAGCUUGCAAAAAUUGUAUGGCCAAUUUUCUUCGGAUGACACCAAAUUCAAAAUCGAUAACAAGUCUUAUCUCAGAUUAAUCGAUUUAACCUGUGGAAUCUUGCCUUUUCCAAACCAUGAAAAGUUGAAGCUACUCAACAAGAUUGGCGUACCUGAAAGAUCUAAACAGAUCAACCAUAUGACAAAUCAAUUAAUGACUAUUCUUGAAAAUUUAAAGUACAACAAUUCAUUCAUCAAUCAUUGGUUUUACAACGAAGCCACGAACAUCCAAAAAGCAAACGUUGUAGCGAACCAGCUCAAAUCAAUUCGUUUGGUUUUGGAAGGUAUGACUACCAAGCCUGGAACCAAAUCAAUGUCUCGAGUAAAAGGGGGAAAUGCCCCAACAAAAGCCAUCACUCGUAGAGGUGAAGAUGAUGAAGACCAAGAUGAUGAUGAUGAUGAUGACGAUGAGUUAAAAGCAAUAACAAACUUUAUCAAAAAUAAGUUGCCCAGUAUCUCAACCUUAUCAUCAGAUUCGAAGAGGCUUAUUACCAAGGAUUACAAACGUAUUAAAUCAUCCUCACAGCCUGGUGGUGGUGGUAACUCUGACUUUCAUGUCAUAAGAAAUUACCUUGAGAUCGUUAUGGAUAUCCCUUGGGAUAAGUAUGUUACUAAAUUCAAAUCUAACAAGGAGAUUGAUUUGAAAGUUGCAAAGAAGCAAUUAGACGAUGAUCAUUAUGGUUUGGAGCACGUCAAAAGAAGAUUGAUCCAGUACUUGGUUGUAUUAAAGUUAUUGGGAAUCAAUGCAGAAAAGGACAUUAACAAGUUUAAGAGGGAUAACAAUAUUCCAAAGAUUAAAGAAAUUGAUGCAACCGAAGAACCAGACAAGGGAUUGGAAGGAUCUUCGAUAGUCAUCGCCAAUAAUGAUGAAACCUCCCUUUCUCAUAGGCAAGCUCAAACCAAGAUCAAAACAUCGAUUGAUGAAAGUAGACUCGAGAAUGAGACUAAUGAGUCCAUCCAAAUUUCUAAGAACAACAAGUCUCCAAUCAUUAUGUUAACUGGCCCACCAGGUACCGGUAAGACCUCCUUGGCAAAAUCAAUUGCAAAAUCUUUGGGAAGGAAUUUCCAGAGAAUUUCAUUGGGUGGAAUCAAAGAUGAGAGUGAAAUCAGAGGACAUAGAAGAACUUACAUUGGUGCUAUGCCCGGUUUGAUUAUUCAAUCAUUGAGAAAAGCCAGAUCGAUGAACCCAGUUAUCUUGUUGGAUGAAAUUGAUAAAGUUAUUGGUGGAAACUCGGGUGUCAAUAAGUUUAAUGGUGACCCUUCUGCAGCCUUAUUGGAGGUCUUGGACCCUGAACAGAACAAUACAUUCAUUGAUCAUUACCUUGGCUUUCCAGUUGAUUUAUCACAAGUUAUCUUCAUCUGUACUUCUAAUGAGCCUCACUUGAUGAGUAGGCCAUUGUUGGAUAGAUUGGAAUUGAUUGAAGUCGGUGCCUAUGACUACAACGAAAAGUUAAUAAUUGGUAAGAAGUAUCUUUUGCCUAGGCAAGUGAAGAGAAAUGGAUUCCCAGAUUCUGCAAACAUUGAAGAUCAUGUCAGCAUCAGUCAAGCCACACUCAAGAAAGUUAUCGUUGACUACACAAGGGAAUCAGGCGUUAGAAAUUUGGAACGCAGAUUAGCUACUAUUUGCCGUUUCAAAGCUGUUGAAUACUGUGAGAGCUUGGGCACUGAUAUUACUUAUGACCCAAGAGUUGAUGAAAAUGACUUACCAAAGUACUUGGGUAUUCCAUACAGUUCGGGUGACAUCACUGCCAACGAAAUAACAAUCACUUCGAACUCAAGGGUAGGUAUUGUUAAUGGGUUGUCGUACAAUUCUGAUGGUUCCGGUUCUGUCUUAGUCUUUGAAAGUAUCGGGUUUGACAAAAGGGUUGGUAAUCCAUCGAAUACCAAUUCAGGCUGCUCAUUGAACAUGACUGGUAGGCUAGGUGAAGUCUUGAUGGAAAGUGCUAAAAUUGGUUUGACUUUCAUCAAGCUGUUGAUCUACAGAAAUAUCUUGGAUACUAAGGAGAAAGAUGAGAAGUAUUUAAUUGACAAGUUCAACAACUUGGAGAUUAAUUUACAUGUACCCAUGGGUUCUAUUUCCAAAGAUGGACCAUCUGCAGGUAUCACUAUGGCCUUGCUGUUCUUAUCUCUUCUUUUGGAUAAACCAGUACCAGCAGAUAUUGCUAUGACUGGUGAAAUCACUUUAAGAGGUUUGGUCUUACCUAUUGGUGGAGUAAAAGAAAAGAUGAUGGGUGCUCAUUUAAGUGGCCACAUCAAAAGAAUGAUUGUUCCUAGGGAAAAUAGAAAGGACUUGAUUGAAGAAUACGGAAGAAGGAUAGAAGAAGAAGGAGGUUUUGAUUCUGGUUUGGUAAAUGAAUUAUUGAAAGAUAACGAAUCUUCAGAAUUCAAAAUGAAUCAGGUUGAAGAAUUCUUCUCUAACAAGUAUGGUAUUCAAUUAUUCUAUGCCAGGGAGUUUUACGAUGUAAUGAAGAUCAUUUGGGGUGAAGAUGGAAUGUUGGUGAAUUUAGAUUGCCAAAGAAUGAUUGAAUAUCAUUUGUGA